AUGGCAACCAUGGAUGCGGUGUCGCGAGGGUUGUUCGCUCUGCCUAACGAAAUAUUGCUGAACAUCUUGAACCUGUUCUCUACCAGGGAACUCCUAGGCAUCUCCUUAUGCUGUCAGCAGAUACACUCGCUGGUCGUUCGAAUCGUCCGACAUCGUCUACAGAUCGCGGCAGAGCUGGAUGGCCAUACGUUGUAUCUCGAAUGCGGACCGCCCUCCGCGAACUGGACCACGUCGAAAGUUUUCUGCAACGAGCUGGGUACGGAACGGCUUGAGGAGCUCGUCUCUGACAUACAAGAGCAUGGCGGCCGAGUGGGACACAUCAAGGCCAUGUCAGAGCUGUACACCCGCUUUCGUCCCGUGAACAAAAUGCCCGACUUCAGGACAGUGCCUAGGCCGCAUCCCGCCGGCGACGUCCCUGGAUCCGCUACGUACAUGAGCCCGGAAGCUCGAGCAGCUGCAUGGAAAGGCGAUGGCAAUGAUGCCGUGACUCGGACUGUAGCGAUCGAUGCGAACUUCCUGUUCUCGCAGCUCGAGACUGUAGCAUAUCUUGGUAAGCGCGAAAGCACACGAGGGCUGCUGUUCAGUAUACAAGAGGUCUGUGAUGGUACCAUCCGUGUAUGGCGAGAAUGGCUUUCCAAGAACUGCGAGAGUAAGCGUUGGUCGAACGGCGAGACGAUUGCUGUUCAUCACGAUGAUCACGGCACGCAAGACACGGGCAAAGAGCGAUCUACAAGCAUCUCCAGUAUGUACGGAAACCCCAAGAAAGACCCUCGCAUCCUCUGGAUCAACACGGGAGGCGAGAGCGUUGGCAUAAAGUUCCGGGUCAAGGAGCAGCAGUGGCGUCGUGACAAUCCAGUGUUGUUUGCAAGUGAAGCCGAAGUACCUAUCAGCUACCACGUUGAGCUUGAAGAGAUAGUGAUACGAACAACCCACCUGUUACUCAAGGUCGAGGAAGCUCGAAAGCAAAUACUGAAUCAGACUGCAAUGAGGAACACCAACUUCGUUGGACCACCUCGGUACCCGAUACGCCGAAGUGAAGCUCUGGAUCCGCAUGGUCUGGAAGCUCCAAGAGCUAUAAGUGGGAUGGACCCAUCACUUUUCGCUGUCGAGAACUGCACCAGACACCCACAAAUCUACAUCAUGCCAGAAGCCAAACGCAUCGCUCAGAUCGUGCGCAUCAAGCGCGAGUCGAUACCCGCCUACAAAGAAUGCCAUGCUGCCGUAUGGCCUGCAGUGCUGAAACAGAUCAAGGACUGCAACAUUAGCGACUACUCCAUCUUCCUCAACGAAGACGCCUUGAUACUGUACGCAACAAUGAAGUACAACGGUUCUGACUUUGAGGGCGACAUGGAGAAUAUGAGGGCAAAUUCAGAAGUCAGAAAGUGGUGGGAUAUGACAGAUGGCAUGCAGGAGUCCUUAGUGCCCGGCAGCAAGGGCAGCACGGAUGCGAAGGGAUGGUGGAAGGAGCUCGAGGAAGUCUUUCGUGUUGAGUGA